UUUAGUUUUGUUGUGCAAUUUUAGUUUAAAAAUUUUUGCUGCUUUAUUGUUUUUUUUUAAAAAUGUCAAAAAUACGUAACUCUGCUAGUUUAAUUUUGCUGGCAAAAGAUAAAAGCCAACCCAGCAAUUGUUUUAAUUACAAAACUUUGCUCUUCAGUCGCCAUGAGAAGGCGACAUUUAUGCCCAACUCUUGUGUGUUCCCUGGUGGUGUACAUGAAGCGGCGGACGAGUCACCACUUUGGUUGAAACAUUUUGAUAAAUUUGGUUUACAAAAAGAAAAACUGCAACAACUAAAACCUGCGAAUGGAGAACGCCCUAGUAUGUUCAAGCCAAGCAAUGAAAACUGUUUAGAAAGAGAGAUAUCUUUACGUAUAACUGCAGUGCGUGAAACAUUUGAAGAAGUUGGUGUUAUGUUGUGCCACAAUCAGGACACUAUUAAAGAUAGCAAUGGUUAUGGUUAUUUUCUAGAAGAUUUUGAUCGUCAGCACUGGCAACGUUUAGUACAUAAUGAUGCUUCACAAUUUAUUAAAAUGUGCCAAGAAUUGAAUGUGUUUCCUGACUUGUGGAGUUUACACGAAUGGUCUACGUGGCAAACACCUUUAACAUUUAAGAAGAGAUUCCAAACAGCCUUUUUUAUGGUAGCAUUACAAAAGACGCCAGAACUUUUAAUCGAAAAAAAUGAAGUUGCCCAUUAUGCGUGGAAAUCACCUUUAGAAUAUCUUAAAUCUUAUGUCAACAAAGAACUUUAUUUACCACCACCUCAAUUCUAUGAACUGUCACGUUUAUUGCAUAAAAAAGAUAUUGAAGAGUUAAGAGAUUUUGCAUGUCGUAGAGCUGCAAAAGGAUCUAUUCUGAUGUUACCAGUACAAUACAGAUGUACUGAUGGCAUUGUGGGACUAUUACCCGGAGAUGAUAUGUAUCCGAAAGAUACAGAGGGAAUAAACGAUUUUAUACCAGUUAAGGCUACCAUGCAAGAUUUUCGUAGUGGUGCCACUAGAUUACAUAGAUCAGAAUUUGUUAAUCCAAAUAAGGGUACUCUUCUACUUAACUUUCCACUUAAAGAUGGUCAGCUUAGUCCAGUAUUUACAAGUACAUCGUGAAGUACAUAUAUACAUGCCACAAAGUCUUUAGUUGCAUUUAUUUUAAUUUUUAUUAAAAAAAAAUUUUUUAUGCUAAGCAUAUUAAAUAUGUUAAUAAAUUGUUGUAUUCUACAACAUAGAU